AUAUUUUUACCCUUUUCAAAAACUGUACACAGAAUUUUCUGCUGGCGAUAUCAUAUCAUUUGCAGAGAAGUUUGUUAUUAAAAAUUCUGAAAAAUAUGCAAUUGUAAGCCACGUUAGUUUAAUUGCUUCUGGCAAUAUAAAUCAAGAGUUUAUAGCAGAAGAAAUCUCCAUCAGUAUUCUUCAUUGUAUUUUUCCUGUUAUUGUAAAGCAAGAAACAAAUGUGAUCAGAAAUAAUACAACCUAUUUUAAUGCAGAUUGCUAUCAUUAUAAUUCACAUACUGGUAGUCGAAAUGUUCUCAUGAAAUUAAGAAUCUUAUUUCCAUUCCAAUCUCAAAGAUUCAUUUAUUUUCAUACUGGUAUCAAAGUAGGCUUAACUAAUCUUGACCCUCUUUCUAAUUCGAAUUCAAGUUUGAAAUCAAACGAUAACGAAAAGAUUGAUCAAAAUGAGAGUCAGAAUUCCGUUAACAAAGAUGAUAGAGACUUAAAUUCUGAUAUUAAAAUUAAUAAAAA